AUGUUUAGCAGAACUAUUGCGACCGCUGCACCUCGCGCUGCGGGCCGGGUUUUUGCCUCUGCUACGCGCCCCAGCAUGAUUGCACCUCUUCAGCGUUCGGCUCCCGCAGCUGCCGUCUUCCAGACAAGACGAAGCUACCAUGAGAAAGAUAAUCGUCCUCGCAAUGUCGGAUCGAUGAACAAGACCGAUACCGAUGUUGGAACGGGUUUGGUCGGUGCCCCGGCAUGUGGCGAUGUUAUGAAGCUCCAGAUCCGGGUCGACCCGAAGGACAACACUAUUAGUGAGGUCAAGUUUAAGACUUUUGGCUGCGGCAGUGCAAUUGCAAGCUCCAGUUACCUCACUGAACUCGUUCGUGGCAUGAGUCUCGAGGAUGCCGCCCGGAUCCGAAACACCGAGAUUGCCAAGGAGCUCUGCUUACCUCCCGUCAAGCUGCACUGCUCUAUGCUUGCCGAGGACGCUAUCAAGUCGGCCAUCUCCAACUACUACACCAAGAACCCCAAGACUGCCACAACUAACCUCGGCGGCACUGGCGCUGCGAUGCCCAAGAUCGAGGUUGAGACCGUCAAAACCACCGACAGCCAGCCGAGUGCUUAA